GUAGGUCGACUCAGCAUGAGCUUGGUGAUGGAAUAUUUGCCCUAUGGCAGUCUGAUUGGAUACCUGGAGAAGAACCGGCAGCUCGUCAACAACAGGAGGAUGUUGCUUUUUGCCUCUCAAAUCUGUAAAGGAUUGGAGUACUUGCAGAGCAUGCGCUACGUGCACCGGGAUCUGGCUGCUAGGAACAUUCUGGUAGCAAGUGACACACUGGUCAAAAUAGCUGAUUUUGGCCUGACAAAGAUCAUUCCCUUUGACAAGGAGUACUACCGUGUGACACAUCCUGGUGAAAGCCCCAUUUUCUGGUAUGCCCCAGAGUCCAUCACAGAGUCCAAAUUCUCCCACAAGUCAGAUGUCUGGAGUUUUGGAGUCGUCCUUCAUGAGCUCUUCUCCUAUUGUGAGCACAACUGCAACCCAAAUAAGGUAAGUGGCUUAACCAAGCCUUAAUACCUUGUUCUACUGGUCUCAUUAAAUAUCUGUGUUUCAGCUUGAGCUAUCUCAAAUCUACCAACCCUGACAUGACAUUACUUUAAGCUCAUAAAAAAUAUUUUCAUUUUUUUGUGUCAAUGAUUUUAACUAAAUUAUUAUGAUUGUACAUUACCUGCCCAUAAAUGCCUAAUUUGAUUCUGACAUAUUUUCUCUCCCAUCCACUGCACAUUUAAAGCUAUAUAUGCAGGAGAUUGGCAAUGACAUGCAGGGUCUCUCCAUUUCAAUGCAUCUGGUUGAUAUCCUGAAGGACAACUGGAGGUUGCCUGCUCCACCACUCUGCCCUCCCAGAAUUCAUAGUAUGAUGACGGCGUGCUGGGGAUACAGCGCUGAGGAACGGCCAACGUUCUCCACCCUGGGAGAUCAGAUUGAGACCAGCAUCCAAGAUGAGAGAGAAGGUUCAAAAGGAUGAAUAUAACUGAAGCCAACCCUAUUAGAGAAUGUUGCAUUCUAACUUGAAAUAUACAUAUUCCUGUUACCAUAUUAGAACUUAUUGAUUACAUUACAUGUAUAAUAAAUGUACAGUUGAA